UGAGGCCGCGGGCCCGGCCCGGGCGGCUGCAAUAUGGCGGAGGCGGAGGGAGAGAGCCUGGAGUCCUGGCUGAAUAAAGCCACCAAUCCUUCCAACCGCCAGGAGGACUGGGAAUAUAUCAUUGGCUUCUGUGAUCAGAUCAACAAAGAGCUUGAAGGGCCGCAGAUAGCUGUCCGGCUGCUGGCCCACAAGAUCCAGUCUCCGCAGGAAUGGGAGGCGCUCCAGGCCCUGACGGUGCUGGAGGCGUGCAUGAAGAACUGCGGGCGGCGGUUUCACAACGAAGUGGGGAAGUUCCGGUUUUUGAAUGAGCUCAUCAAAGUGGUCUCUCCGAAGUACCUGGGGGACCGAGUGUCUGAGAAAGUGAAGACCAAGGUUAUCGAGCUGCUUUAUAGCUGGACGUUGGCCCUGCCCGAAGAAUCAAAGAUCAAGGAUGCCUACCACAUGUUGAAGAGACAGGGCGUAGUGCAGUCUGACCCACCGAUCCCCGUCGACAGGACACUGAUCCCCUCUCCACCACCUCGUCCCAAGAACCCUGUUUUUGACGAUGAGGAGAAAUCCAAGCUUUUAGCCAAGUUGUUGAAAAGCAAAAACCCAGAUGACCUUCAGGAGGCCAACAAACUCAUCAAGUCCAUGGUGAAAGAAGACGAGGCGCGGAUCCAGAAGGUGACCAAGCGUCUGCACACUUUAGAGGAGGUUAAUAACAACGUGAAGCUGCUCAGUGAGAUGCUGCUUCAUUACAGCAAAGAGGAUUCUUCAGAGGCAGAUAAAGAGCUCAUGAAGGAACUGUUUGAUCGGUGCGAGAGUAAGAGGCGGACGUUAUUCAAACUGGCCAGUGAGACAGAGGACAAUGACAAUAGUUUGGGGGACAUCCUGCAGGCCAGUGACAACCUCUCCCGGGUCAUCAACUCAUAUAAAACAAUCGUUGAGGGGCAGAUCAUCAAUGGUGAGGUGGCCACCUCAGCCCUGCCUGAAGGAAACCACCACUCGAGUAACCAGGGCGCACUCAUCGACCUGGCGGAGCUGGACGUACCAAGCAGCUCAUCCCCAGUGUUGGUCCCGGCCCCCACCGCACCCUCGGGCAUCCCUAUCCUCCCUCCGCCCCCCCAGGCCUCCGGGCCCGGGUGCAGCCACUCCUCCAGCCAGGCCGAGGCCCCCACAGGGCCCAACAACGCAAGUGGCUCCCUCUGCUUGCUGGAUGAGGAGCUUCUCUGCUUGGGCCUCGCAGACCCAGCCCCCACCGCUCCUCCCAAAGAGGCAGCUGGAAACGGCCAGUGGCCCCUGUCCCAGAACGAGCAGUCGGACCUGGACUUCUUCAGCCCCACAUCGGGGACUGCGGUCCGUAGCCCCUCGGACGGGCCUGCCCUCCAGCCCUCAGCAGCCCCUGCCGGCAGCGCGCAGGCCCCACUGCCGCCCCCUUUCCCAGCUCCUGCGGCCCCAGCCAGUGCUUCUGCCCAGAAAGCAGCCUUUUUGUUCCCCGCUGGACUACCCCCAGCUUCAGCCCCAAAGGCCGAGCCCACAGCUCCUGGGUACCAUGGUUCGGCUUUGGGCGACAGCACCCUGCAGAAGCUGGAUGCCCUCGAUCAGCUGCUAGAAGAAGCCAAAGCGACCUCUGGCCUCGUGAAGCCUGUCGCCUCCAGCUUCUUCCCCACGGCCUCCACCCCUCCUCUGAUCCCCACCAGCUCCUCGCCUAGGCCUUUCCUGCCAUUCGCCACGGGGCCUGGCAGCCCUCUCUUCCAGUCACCUGCCUACCCGUCGCAGGGGAGCCCCGGGAAGGGGCCUGAGCUCUCCCUGGCCAGUGUCCAUGUUCCCCUGGAAUCUAUCAAGCCCAGCAGCGCCCUUCCCGUGACCGCCUACGAUAAAAACGGCUUCCGCAUCCUCUUCCACUUUGCCAAGGAGUGCCCGCCAGGGCGGCCCGACGUGCUGGUGGUGGUCGUGUCCAUGCUGAACACCGCGCCCCUGCCCAUCAAGAGCAUCGUGCUGCAGGCUGCGGUGCCCAAGUCAAUGAAAGUGAAGCUGCAGCCACCGUCUGGGACAGAACUCUCUCCAUUUAGCCCCAUCCAGCCGCCUGCUGCUAUCACCCAGGUCAUGCUCCUGGCCAAUCCCCUGAAGGAGAAGGCAAGGCUUCGGUAUAGGCUGACCUUCGCCCUGGGGGAGCAGCUGAGCACGGAGGUGGGUGAGGUGGACCAGUUCCCUCCUGUGGAGCAGUGGGGGAACCUAUGACCCCAGAGGACACUGUCAUCUCCACUUUGAAGCCCAGGCAGGUCCUGAGACAGGAGGGCUCUCGGAGUCCAGUCAGUCGUGCCCUGACCGCAGUGCUCUGAGCUUCGGCACGGGGCGGGGGCCCUGGGUGUUGCUGCCGGUGGUUGAGCUGCUGCUGUGAUGGUCUCCUCUCUUUUGGCCCCUUAAAAGGACCCAUUUUUAUCUACCUGUGUGACUUGAAGUGGCCGUGCACUGUGGGGUGGUGGGUUGUGGCCCCGGACCCUGCACCAUCCCCUGGGAACACGGGCCCAAGGCUUGAGUAGGUUUCCCCUCAUGCUCGUGUCCCCCAGAGCCACAAGGGAGGAGGUCUCCGAAGAGAUGGGGUGCCCUCAAGGACCAUGUCCUCGCCCCUGCUGGCAGGCUGCUGCUCCUGCCUCCAGGAAGGGGGCAGAGCCCAGGGGUCCCCCACAGGCCUGGGCACAGCCAAAGGAGUUGGUGCGCUGUCUUCCCCAGGCAGUGCCGGCCGGAGGGCCACUGGAUGAUAAGUGUGUGCUUGUCCCUGGUGGUGGCAGGCUGUGUCCUAUGGACAUCUCAGCAGGACCUGGAACUCAGCCUAUUAGAAACAAAACUGGGCCUCACAGCAGCCUAACAGAGGCUGGGCAAGAACGUGGAAGAGAACCAGCGUCUCCCCUUCUUGGGAAGCAGGGACCCAGAGCUUCCUGGGAAACCGUGUGCCUCACUGUGGGAACAGGCCGGCCUACUCACUACCUCUUGCUUGGCAUGAAGUUAACUGCUGUCUUGCCCUUGGAGUCUCUGAAGGGAGGGCACCCCCUGCCUUGGCACCCCUCUGCCCUGCCCCCCAUGAUGGGCUGUGGAAUGGUAAGCAGUCAGGCUGGCAUGAGGCCUCGGGGCAGGCAUCUUGCACUCGGCUUAGCUGCUGCCCAGCUGCUGAAGGGCGCUGUCAGCGAGAUGUUGGGUCUGGAGGUGGUGAGAUUGGGGCUGUGCUUGCAUUGAGUCACCAGACCCUAUUGCUUCAACAGCGCUUGCCCCCGCUUGCUUGUGUCUGACUCCAGGCCUCCCGGGGCAGCGGGACUGAGCACCGCCGGCUGGGGAAGGGGUGCGCAGCGCACAGGAGCCCAGCUGGACAGGCUCAGAGCCUUCUGCAGGGGAAGGUGGCACAAGCCUUGUUCCCUGGCCCCUCUCUGCUCCUUGCCAGGCUUCAUGCCUUUAUCUGGAGGUUGCCUUCCUCUUCCCUCCCAUCUUUAGCAAGCAGGUUUCACUGCUUCAUUAGGACAGGUCAAAAGUGAAUUGAUUUCACUACAUAAGGAAUAAUCCAAAAGCCUUCCAGAGACCGGCUGCCGCAGCCCUGGAAAAGUCUAUGGGAUUACUACAUGGAAACGUACCUUUAUAAUAAGCUUUAGACAUUAAAAUUAUUUAUGAGUGUUACUGUUGAGGUCACUGUUUUGUGACAAUUAUAUCGGACAUACCAACUCUGCUGCUCUUAUUUUGCUGCAUGUUAAAUAAAGUCAUUUUCACCCACUUGGAAUCUAAUAGACACCAUUUGCCCCACGAGGUGGGAGAAGCGUCACUUACAAAUUCCAAAUGUAGACAGCACCUAUAUUUUUGUUAAGUGCAGGUUCCUGGACCUUUUCCUUUUUUAGAGGAGAUAACAGGAGAGUCAACAGAUCAGUGUUACAGGUGACUAAGGUGAGGUCAGCUUUCAGAAGCACAAGCAAACGCCUCAGGGCUCCUGUCUGCUUUCGAUUACAGGCAGGCGGCCACUGCACUCACCGUUUACUUGUGGGGGCCCCUUUUCUUCUAAGGAGAAAAGGAUGUUCCACAUCAAAGGACAUGACAAGCAUUUUCUUAUUUUUACCACAUCAGGUUCACUGGGGAGGUAGAUAAAAACUUUCUAGCUAAAAUCUGUAGGAACUUGGAAAACAUUUAUUCUUCUAAAAACAUAUAUACAUCGCCAUACGAAGAUGCCAUGCUGUAGC